GUUCAACGCUUAACGCUGUCAUCGUGAUUUCUAAAAACAUUUUUAUUUAUUCCUUUAAUUCCAUUGUUAUAAAGCUGCAAUCUUGGAAAUGAGUUUUGAGACGAAUAAUAGCAAUGGGACCUGUAAGGAAGAGCGGAAAUACCUAGAUCGUAACAAGUCUGACGAUCUGCAGAUUUCGCGGACUGAUAUGAAUAUGUUGAUAAUGAAUUAUUUGGUCACAGAGGGAUUCAAAGAAGCAGCCUUAAAAUUUCAACAAGAAGCUGGUCUCCAGGAGCCAGCGUUGUGUAGUUCUCUUGAUGAACGGAUCAUGAUCCGUGAGGCAGUUCAGAAUGGGCGCAUUCCGGAAGCAAUUGCUAUGGUCAACGCUCUACAUCCAGAACUCUUAGACAAUGACAGAUAUCUGUACUUCCAUUUACAGCAACUCCAACUUUUAGAACUGAUCAGAGCAGGGCAAGCUGAAGAGGCGUUAGCAUUUGCAAGUGCUACAUUAGCGGAGGCCGGAGCAAGUGAUCCAAAUGCCCUUACGGAGCUGGAGAGAUCUCUUGCAUUACUGGCCUUCCCUGACCCUCAUGCUUCACCUUUUGCAGAUCUGUUGCUGCCUUCACAUAGUCAAAAGAUUGCAAGUGAGUUGAAUGCAGCAAUCUUAAAGAUGGAAAACCAAGAAUACACCAAUCCGAAACUAUGCAGUCUGCUCCGUAUGAUUCUCUGGUCUCAAAACGAAUUAGACAAGCACAACAUCAAGUACCCCAAGAUGACGGAUCUCGCCAAUGCCACAAUAGAACAACCAAAGUAAACAGUAGAUUUAGUUUUGAAUUUAAAAUUAUGUUUAUAGUUAGUUUUUAAAUUAAAUUCACUUGAUGUUUAUAUGUUCGUGUUCUUAGACAGUUUAUUUAUCAUAUAUAUUCGAUUUUUACCUCUGUGAUGUUAAUUUCCUUAAGAGGCAAUCUAGAUUAAUUUAUAGUCGCAUACUUCAUAUUAAUAGAAACCAAACUGUAUUAUACGAUUAUAAGUAAUCAUUAAUAAUUAGAGCAAUGCUCCAAAAUAGCAUAAUUAACACUAGCAUGUACAAAAAAUCAAACAUGGAUGAAUUUUUGUAAUGACUUAAAAUUUGACUGCUGGGGUUAACUCCAAAUUUUCAUAAUAAAUAAUCAACUCUGCACAUUUAUAAUCUCUAUCUAUCUCUCUUUAACCUUAAGGAUUUUGUAAC